AUGAAAUUCUCACUGGUCGCCCUGAUGGGCCUGGUUUCCUGGGGCAUGUGCAUCCCAAUAGAUUCGCCCGGCAGUGCGAACGCCACCGAGACCAACACCCUUGUCAAGCGCGCAAAGUUCUCGUGCGACAAGCUGGUCGAGGGCCUGUCCCGGGAUGACUGCAACCACAUGGCCAAGAUCGACAUGGCCGGACAGGGCGAGAACUCCAAGACGCGGACGGCCAAGGGCAUCUGGGUCGGCAAGGACGGGCACACCAAGUUCAAGUUCAGCAACAAGUCCAAGGGCCGCGUGGCGCUCGUGGUCUGGAACAACCCCGAGGGCGACUACGAGAGCUCCUUCAUGAACGUGCGCAAGCCGCAGGUGUCGUGGUCGCUCGCGGCGGGCCAGAGCCUGACCGUGUCGCUCAACGAGGGCGUCAGCGGCGGCUUCGCGGGCCUGUACGACGCCAAGACGCCGCUCUCGCCCGUCGGCCAGGUCCACCAGACCUGGGGCGAGUUCACCACGGGCCAGUACGCCACCAUCGACGUCAGCCGCGAGGUGCGCAUGGACGGCGACAAGAUGUGGAUCCAGACCCCGAUCGGCUGCGUCUCCGACAUGGACCGGUGCGUCUUCGUCUGCAAGGACGGCAAGAACACGUGCGGCGAGAAGGACACGUACGAGCUCAAGGACUGCCAGCCCGGGAGCCAGCCCGGUGCCAACUACGGCGAGCGCUUUGGCCAGCCCGAGGGCGGCUGCCAGGGCUUCGACAAGGGCGGUGAGGUUGCUGUUCAUCUCCUGUGA